AUGGAUAUUCACUGCAAAACGGACCCCUUCUCGGCGAUGCACCUGUCCCACGCAGGGCACGGCGGCGUGAACCAGCUCGGCGGGGUGUUUGUGAACGGCAGACCCCUCCCGGACGUGGUGAGGCAGCGGAUCGUGGAGCUGGCUCACCAGGGCGUCCGGCCCUGCGACAUCUCCAGACAGCUACGGGUCAGUCACGGCUGUGUCAGCAAAAUCCUCGGCAGGUACUAUGAAACCGGCAGUAUUAAACCCGGAGUCAUUGGUGGCUCCAAACCAAAGGUUGCAACUCCGAAAGUGGUGGAUAAAAUAGCUGACUAUAAGCGACAGAAUCCCACCAUGUUCGCUUGGGAGAUCAGGGACCGACUACUGGCUGAGGGCGUCUGCGACAACGACACUGUUCCUAGCGUUUCAUCCAUCAACAGGAUUAUCCGCACCAAAGUCCAGCAGCAAUUCAACCCGUCCCCCGACGGAUCUGUCACGACUCUAUCCCCGCCCGGCCACACUAUAGUGCCCAGCACGGCCUCGCCCCCUGUGACCAGCGCCUCCAACGAUCCCGUAGGAUCCUACUCCAUCAAUGGCAUUCUGGGUAUCUCCCGCUCCAACGGCGAGAAGAGGAAACGAGACGAUGUUCUCUGGACUGGCAGCCACAUGGAUGGAAGAAAAAUAGGACAUUAUGGCUCUGAUGGCUCAGGUCCGGGCAGCGACUCUCAGGGCAGUGUGGAGAGUUUAAGGAAGCACCUGCGAGCAGACGCCUUCACCCAGCAGCAGCUGGAGGCCCUGGACCGUGUGUUUGAACGGCCCUCCUACCCUGAUGUCUUCCCCACUUCAGAACACAUCAAACCUGAACAGGCGAAUGAGUACUCACACCCAUCCCUGAACGGUGGCCAUGAUGACGUGAAGCCGAGCCUUUCCGCCAGCGCCAGCUCCGACCUCGCCUCCAGUGUCUCCCAGAGCUACUCUGUUGUGACAGGUCGAGACAUGACCACCUUACCUGGCUACCCGCCUCAUGUCCCGCCCACAGGACAAGGCAGCUACCCCACCUCCACACUCGCUGGAAUGGUUCCUGGAGGGGACUUUUCUGGAAAUCCUUACUCUCAUCCACAAUACACCACUUACAACGAAGCAUGGCGGUUCAGCAAUCCAGCAUUAUUAAGUUCCCCUUAUUAUUAUAGUGCCGCGUCCCGUGGCUCGGCACCUCCCACUGCUGCCACUGCCUAUGACCGCCACUAA